AUGGGGACACUUUUAGGAAUGCUAGUAGUUCUCUCGUUUUUUACAGAAGUUUACUCUGCUAGAAGAUACUACUCCAACUACAGUAGAUCAUACUAUACGUAUAGUUCAGGAGGAGAUCCCACGGUGGGAAUUAUUGUCGGUGCAGUUGUAGGAGGUGUGCUUCUAAUCGGCGGCAUCGUCUUUCUUAUCUGCAUCAUCAAGUUCUGUAACAGAAAGAAGACAGGCAUUGUGACUAAUCAGCAAACGUUUGCUCAAGGAAACGUCACUAUGGUGACUCAAGCCCAACCACAGUCAUACGGUGCCUGGCCACCGCCUGCUUAUCCUCCGCCUCCAGCUUAUCCCGCCGGGUACGGUCAACAAGGAGGGAGUCUUCCCCAACCUGAAUAUAUACCACCUGGUGUAGCUAAAGCAUAAUAUUUACAUUUGUCUGGCAUUAUCACUAUAUAGUCUGUUUGAGAGCUCUGGCAUUGAUGUACGUUUAAACGCCAUCCAUCACGCGCUACACUUAUCAGCGUAUUAAUACACACAAACUGGAACUACAAUAUCAAGGAUAAUUAAGUUUAACAAUUACUUAUUUUGUCUACGUUAUUUGUUAUAAAAAUAUGCCAUUUGCGCAUUACGUUGAUAAUAAAAUGAUUAAUGAAA